GCUUCUUUAAUAAACCUCCACUCUACGAAUAGAUUCAAAAAAGAAAAAAUAGCGAUGAAAGUACAGGAGAUGACACUUUACUUCCCUAUUCUUCGAUAGCAAAUUCGUUACUGAAAACCAGAACCUCCUUGGUCAGUGGUACGGUAACAUGUCAAGUGACACAAAGUUUCUUCACCGCGCCUGACACUUUUGUUGUUUGUGAAACAUCGUAGAGAAGCAGGAAGUUAGGCUAACUGUACAUGCUGACUAGUGUGAAAUUUACCAAAUCAGGGGAACCCAUUCCCUUAGAUUCUGCUGGAAAUGAGAUUUGUUUGUUAUUUCUAAAAUAUGGAAGAUGCCGCUUUAAGAAGAAAUGCAAGAAGUCACACUGGACACCACCUUUGCCAGAUGAAGAGUACCCACUGCCACCACCUCUCCCUCCAUUUUCUCCCUCGUCACUUCCUUACCAGUGCAGUUCUUCAGAUCAACAGUUCUCCAACCAACAUAUCCAUAUAUUGGAGGAACAACAACACAAUGUGCUUUUAAAUGAAGCAAAUACUGGAAAGGAAAAUAUUAUUUUAAAUACCACAUAUUCAGAAGUAUCUACAGAAAUCACAUUCCCAAAUUUAGACCCUCUUCUUGACCAAAAUGAGAUCAGUUGCAGAUUUCAAGAGCAAUCUUUUGAUGCGACGCAGUCUUCAAACUUGUGUCAAGACAGUGUUCAAGAAGAUACUGAGCCAAUAUUUACCAGUGUCUCUACCUCCAGUAAAUCUUUGAUGGAACCCUGUCUUGGCACUGACAUUAGAGAUCAAGCUAAGAAUGCAGCAAGGGAAAAGAAAACAACAUCUAAUGAUGAUGAAAGCAUGGCAAUGUAUGGGAUGGAAAAAGUAUUGGACAGGACAGUAGAAGUCAUUAGGAAGGGGGGCUGCAGAUUUGAUUAUUUAUAUCACCAUGUGGGGCAAAGCAAAGGUUGCAGAUGGAGAUUUAGAAGCAGUCUUGAACAAAGCUAUCAAAGUUACGGAGCAUAUUAUGACAAAGUGAGUCAGAAACUUCAGUUUCACCACCAGCCACGGAACAAGGUGGAGAAGAAAAGAUUAAAACUCCUCCGGAAAUCUCACUGGAACGCAUUACAAAUACUUUAUUUAAGGCUGGCUCAAAUUCCUCCAGGCUACAAUUUGAAAGUGAAUUUUGCCCGUGUGAACUUUAGCAGGCUGAGGCCAUACUUUUAUCUACUGGUGCAGCAGUGCUUCUGUUGUGAGGACAAAGCUGAGAAGCGAUGGAGACCUAACGCGUUUAGCUGUUUAGUCACAGAAACUCUGAUCGCCUUCUUUAGUAAUUGCAACAUAACACCGGAAGAGGCAGAAAUGAAGAUGCAGGAAUGGGGCGCAAGACCAGUUAGGGUGAGGCAGUGCAUUUCUCACAUGUGGAACGUCAUCGUUAAAUCGUCCUUGUCAUCCAAUGGAGUUGCGCAAGAAGUCAAGGAUUGUGAACAGCAAGUCUUUGCAAAGAAGCUGUUUGCUGUAGAUUAUGCUUACGCCUGUUCUCUGGCCAGGCCAGUAGUGAAAGCAAAUGCGGAAAAACCAACUCUACCGAUCAAAAAAGUAGUGAGACAAGGAAUACAAGCAGCUGCUGAAAGGUCAUUGGUCGAAAAGAAAAGAAAAACCUGCAAGUUCCCAAAAGUAAACGAGAAUAUUCAAGUGCAAAGAGAACCAACGUCCAUUGAGAGACUGUCUGAAAAAUCUCACCUUGGAAUUGCAAAAAGGAAAGCGGAGACUUGCAAGAGAAAAAGGAAAAUACGAAGGUCCAAGCAGAUUUCGUUGCUGGAUGAAGCAGGGAAACAAGAUUUGGAAGAACGUUGUAAAAAAAUUAUUGACGAGUUUACAAAGGGUAAGAUGAGCGAAUCGCGCUCUGUUACGGUAUAAAUAAGUUAUGUUAAGUGAAAAUG